AUGAAUCGCAGUGCCAUUAGCUGCACCUCCGAAAAGGAGACGCUAAGCCUGCUCUGGGGCUGUGAGCUAAACCAGGAGAGGCCGACGUGGACCUUCAAACCCCAAAAGGUGGGGAAGCAGGACUGUGUGCUGUUGCUCAGUACGAUUUCCCUGGGGGAGAAAGCCAAAGAGGAGGUGAACGUCGUGGAGAUCGUGCCCUCGGCAAGCCAGGACGACAAGAAGAGGAAGCCCCUCACCCUGGCCUCGCUUCGGGCCUCGGUCCUCCCCAUGGUCGUUCUGGGGUUGGAGUUUUCCCCUCCAGUCACGUUCCAGCUCCGGGCUGGCUCUGGACCCGUGUUCCUCUGUGGCCAGGAACAUUACAGUAAGUCCAAGCUUGGACCUAAUCGAUCCUGGGAAGAAGUGGAGGAGGAGGAGGAGGACCUGGAGGAGGAGGAAGAUGAUGAUGACGACGAUGAAGAUAUUGAUAUGUUCCUGGAGGAGACGCCCGUCAAACAAGUGAAGAGGCUGGUGCCCCAGAAGCAGACAGGUGCUGCCAAGGAAAAAAAGAUGGAAAAAAAAGAGGAGGCAGUAAGGUAA